AUGCGGUUAUGGCUAUUGUUGGCCGCCGUAGCCUGGCUGGGCAGUCAACCGACUGAAGGGAGACGGUAUUAUGGUUCCCGUUGGAUCUUCCCCGUGGCAACACUUGACAACGGUGUCGGCAACGGCUCAUUGCCAAAGCACCCGGACCGAAAUUACUGCUACAUCGACAAAGCCUAUACACAAGCCGAAAUCUGCGACUAUGUGACAAAAGAGACUGACAAAUGUGAAGGCGGAGGGUAUUUCCUGUGGACUAGAUAUGUCGAAUGCCAAGAUAGUAUACCGGAAAAGGUGGGAAUCAUCAUUGCGGCGGUGAUCUACAUGCUUUACCUAUUUAUUGCUAUUUCCUCGGCUGCAGAUGAUUUCUUCUCGCCAAAUGUCGCGGGAAUUGUUGCCCAUUUGGGAAUUUCGGAGAGUAUUGCGGGAGUUACCUUCAUGGCUUUUGGCAAUGGUGCCCCAGAUAUUUUCGGUGCAAUAGCUUCCGUCCUCGGCACCCCAAAACCAAAAGCAGGAUUUGCCGUCGGAGAAUUGCUUGGUGCUGGAACCUUUGUGACCCUUUGUGUAACAGCCACUAUCGUUUUUACGAAGGAAUUUAAAGCAACCGUCUUCGAAACCCUUCGUGAUUUGAUAUUCUAUAUGGUUGCAUUGGGUUGGAUUCUAUUCAUCUUCUUAAAUGGGGUCAUGCUGAAAACCUUUGAGCCGCUCGUUUUUCUCCUAUUAUAUGCUCUUUAUGUUGGGACAGUCGUGUUUAGUCAUUUUAUGCAUAAACGUCGGAGGGCAGCAAGAAGAGCCUCAAAAGUCGGUUCCACCCAUAUCAGCAGAGCUGCAAGUAUCAGACCAAACGUCGUAGCUGUAACUGAUGAAGAUGCUCCCCCCGUUCAUAUUAUCUCGGCAGCCGUCGCCAAAAUCGCCAAUGCUAAUGGUCACUUUUUAAAGGAGGUCGAAAAAGAGCCGGAAAUGCCGGCUGCAAAUCAGUUGCGAAGAUUAUCCGUCUCGCUUUACGCACGGAAAAGGGAGUCCACUGGCAGAAGAAGAUCGACCGUAAAAACAAAUACUUUGCACCCAGGCCUUAUAACCGAAGGAAACCCGAAAUUCGUGGAUGACGACACUGAUUCGGAGGAAAUGAUCUGGGUUGGACAUCAUCUCAUUUCAGCCUCGGCGAAUCGAAGCAGGGCCCAGUCAAUCAUUCCCCCGGCUGAAAUACACUCGGCAUCCACUCUUUUUAUGGAUAUCUAUCACCAUUUACUCCCAAUCUCGCAAGAAGAUUGGGAUGAAGCUGGGGUAUUUGGUAAAACAAUGCUGGUGGUCAAGAUCCCAUUAACAAUUGCGUUUUGCCUGACGAUUCCACUCGUUGAUUUGCCUUGGUCGAAGCCUGUCGCCAUUCUAAACGCCUUUUUCGCGCCUCAGUUUUUCUUAUUUGCCGCUCAAUUAUGGACGACGGAUCCAUUUAAUGGUCCCGGAUUGUGGGCAUAUGCACUCGCAAUCUCAGCCCUUCUCAUCGUCUUGUUGCUGAUUUUUACCACUGUAAAAGAUGAACCAAGAUUUUACAAACAAUUGAGCAGUUAUGCUGGCUUCUUGAUGUCGAUAGCUUGGAUUUAUAUUAUUGCAAAUGAGGUGGUCGGUGUUGUUACAAUGCUUGGAGUUAUAUCGCAGCUGUCACACGAGUUGCUCGGUCUGACGAUUCUCGCCUGGGCCAACUCGAUCGGUGACCUGAUUGCUGAUGUGGCCGUCGUCAAACAGGGAUACUCAAAUAUGGCGUUGGCGGCGGCAAUUGGAGGUCCAUUAUUCAAUUUUCUGAUCGGCUUCGGUCUGCCGUUUUCCAUUGCGCGCAUCAGUGGGACAUCCAUCGAGAUUCAGUUCUCUACAAUCAACCAUGUACUAGUGCUGUUUUUGGGAUGCUCAUUAGUAUUCACAUUCGCAGCGUGCAUAGUCCAAAGAUUCUAUCUCCGCCGGGUCUAUGCCGGAUGUCUACUCGGAAUUUAUGCCGCUUUUAUUGCAAUGGUCGUCUUGACUGAAACCAAAGUCAUUGUAUGGGGUGUAGAUGAGGAAGAA